CUCGGAUGGAGGGCAUUUGCUGGCCAUGUAAUGAGGAAAAGGAAGUCCCGGGGAUCAAGCCCCUCCUUGCCCAGGAGGAGAAAACCAUGCAGCGCCCAGAGGCUGGGAAGCCUAUCAUCAAAUUCAACCACUGUCAGAAGUACAUCUACAGCUUCAGCGUGCCGCCAUGCUGCCCCCUCUGCCGGCAGGACGUGGGCUCCAGGAAGCUGGAGGAAGCACCUGUCAGCAUCCCUAAUCCGUUUACCGAUGGGCAUCAAGAAGAGUGUUCAUUCCUCCUCAGACCAACUCAAGGGACGUUUCUUAGGGAGUAUGACGGAAGGUCUGAUCUUCACGUGGGGAUAACCAACACAAAAGGAGUCGUGUAUAAUUACGCGGUGCACGGUGUCCAGCGAGACGAAGCGGGCUGGGAGCAGAGUGUGAGCGUCCCGCUCCUGCAGCCCGGCAUGUUCGGACUGAGGGACCAGUGGGACCAGUACCUGGAAGACUUCUCCACCACGGGGGCCUGGCUGCCUCACAGGUACGAAGAAGACCACCACAACUGCUACAGCUACGCCCUCAAGUUCAUUAACUGCGUCCUGGCCACAGAGGGCGAGGAGCGGCUGGACCGGGACGAGUUCACGGAGAAGUUCGUGAUCCCGAGGACGAGGAAGGCUUCCAAGUACAUCACGCUCUACCGCAUGAUAGAAGAGCACGGCUUCUACGUCAUCGACCCCCCUGGUCCCCAGACAAGCCCAGGUCCGGGAAGCGGUUCGUGCUGAGCGCGCAUCGCGCCUGAGAGCAGACAGGCAGUGAUGUCUGGGGGUUCCUGCCUGGAACAGCUACUGGGCCUCUACGCGUCUUAAACUGUGGUUAAUAAAAAAGAGUUAUGGCUUCCCUUU